AUGAAGAAACGACUCAUCCGUGGCAGGUUUGUCGCCUGCCUCCGUGACGCGCAACUGACCGAGACCCUGCAGAUGUAUCGGCAGUUGAAAUUGGCUACGGCGCUGGCCAAGGCUCGCCUCAAGGAAACCGUGCGGCAGCAGCAGCAGAGCCUUCGACUGGAAACUGUCCACAUCGGGAGCUCGCCAGAAGUUCAGGACCAGGGAGCCAGCGUGGACGCCCUUGGCCGCAAGAGACGCCCACAUCACAACAGGGGACGGUGUCACUACUGCGCCGGCAACGCCCACCCAAGAGUGCCAGCCUUGGAGGCAUUAGGAGUGGUUAAAUUUCCCGACUCACUUACUACAGCCAAGAAUCAUGAAGCAGUUCACGCUGCUCCUUCUGGGGAGCAGGACGCCAGCAGGGAGCAGCAAGACACAGGCAGUAAUUCUGGGGAGCAGGACACUGGCAGUGAGCAGCAAGACUUGCCGCACACAGGUGGUGAACAGUCAAAAUCGAACAGUCGAAAUGCUGCAGCACUGGUGCAAAUGUGCGACCGAUGGACACAGUGGGAGGACAAUUCAUAUGAAGACCACACAUAUGCCCAGCACCUCCCCAUUGGGUUCAAAGGGAGAUCAUUUGCUGAAUCGCUAUCAAGUGACGACAUCUUAUUUUACACUGGUCAAUCCCAGACCGUGUUUGAGAGACUCGUAAGAGCAGUUUCAGUCCUGGCAAAGAAGCCAAGUGUUCUAACACGUGCUGACCAGUUAUUACUGUGCCUCAUGAGGCUUCGCCUUGGGCUAUUGUAUGGACACCUUGCACGGAUUUUUCAAAUCUCUGUGUCAAGUGUUAGCAACCACGUGUCAUACGUACUCAGCCUGCUCUGCAAGAUCAUGAAGAAGGUUGUAAUCUGGCUGCCAAAAUCCCACAUUCAAAACAGCAUGCCAGAUUCCUUCAUUGAAAAUAAGCAUGACGACACCACAUGCAUUCUUGAUUGCACAGAGGUGUUUUUGCAGCGCCCCAAAAAGCUAAUGGCCAGGGCACAAACAUUCAGCAGCUACAAAGCACACAACACCGUGAAGUUUCUUGUAGCAAUUGCCCCAAAUGGGUUUAUAAUGUUUGUGUCCAAAGCUUAUGGAGGGCGUGCCUCGGACAAAUUCAUUACCAACAGCAGUGGCAUCAGCGACUACCUGGUACAUGGCGAUGUUGUCAUGGCAGACAGGGGUUUCGCCCUCACAGAUGAGAUGGAACUACAAGGCGUUCGAUUGAACACACCGGCAUUUACGAAAGGAAAACCACAACUGAGUGACAAAGAGGUGACGAGCACAAGACGCAUUGCAUCUGUUCGAAUUCAUGUCGAGCGUGCAAUAAACAGGAUUAAGACUUACAGGAUCUUUAAGCAAGCACUUCCCAUACGGUCGAAGAAAAGCAUUAGCAACAUGGUAUUUGUAUGCGCAGGACUCUGCAACAUGAAGUCCGAAUUGAUCAAGAAGCCAAGUGCUUAGGAAAAUAAACAG